AAGCAACGCGAUAAACCCUAAUCGCCAACUACACACGACAACUGCUUUUGGCGUUAUGCGGGACCUGCAUCUCUUGCUGUAACGCACAGUCGGAAUAUCAACUCAAGGAAAACAAGGCUGAACAUCUUUGCAAAAGCAAAUUAGCUCUGGAGGUCCCGGCGCCUCAUCAUUGGCCUGACGCUCACCACGUGACGGGGGUGGUCACUGGUGGCAUGGGACAGCAUGAUCCAGGAGCUCUACACUCGUCUAACAAAUCUGCACCUAAUCAAACUAGAGACCACUACUUCCUCGUCAUGCCGACCGACAGGUCCUCUUCACCUUAUACCGAUACCAGUCGCUUCGCUGGACGAAAGGAUUGCGACUCUGAAGAUCCUCCUCGGAUCAUAGUUGAUGAUGACUCGAGGACCCUGGAUGAAAGCUGUUUCCAAGACAAAAAGAUGAGGGAAGAGGAGAAAGAGAUCUUCUGUCUUUCCAGGAGUUUGUACCCGGAUGGGAGCAGUUCCAACUCUUUUCCUUCAACCCCACAAAAUUAUUUCAUACCUGUAAAAUCGCACAGCCCCAGCCAUGGAUCCGCACCGGAUUUCUCAGUAUCUUUUAAGCAUCUAUUUCAGCGUUCUACUGGAACCCCAGCCUUUGAUCCUUCGCAAUUCUCAAGCAGUAAGGAAGGAAACACUGACAAGAACCCUGUUUCCGAUAACGUGGAUGUGUCUUCGCACCCCCCAAGAGACUUAUCAGUGAACUGUACACAAAAGACUAUCUAUCCUUGGAUGGUUGACACCAAGAAUGUCAAGAAGUGUAACAAAUCCCGAGUUCCAACCGGAGAAAGGAAACUAGGUCCCGGUAAUGUCAUUCGAAUUGUAGAAGAAAAAAAUAAGCAAACAAGUUUCUGAAAAGAAAAAAAAAUCUUACCAGUGCAAGUUUAAAGCCUAGUUUACAACUAUUACCAAUCUGGAAGAAAAUGACAAGGCUUCUUUCAAUGAAAAAUUUUCCAUCAAACUCCUAUCCAAUCUUUAUUACAACACUAGAAAACCGUAGAAGACUUUCUCAGGACACUACAGUCGAAGAAAAUGGAACUAUAUUUAGCUGAUCUGUAUAUUUUAUUUCAUCAGGAAAUAAUAUUUAAUACUUAUCGAAGUGGCAUUAAUAUUUUCUCGAAAGCAAUAUCGAAA